CGCAGAAGGUGUGCUGGUCGCUGAGCGUCGGCGGUGGUUGCCAUGGCAGGCCUUCUGGGCCUGGUUGGUGGUCGAGCUUGGUCAGUGCUUCGGGGCUCCGUCUCAGGUGUGAGCAUCCAUUUCCUGGAGAACAGAGCCCAGCAAGUCAGGAUUUUCCCGGUUUGCUUCUGUGGAAGUUCUGCCCUGGAUCACAUCCUUGGGAUUCCUAAAGAGGAAACAAAACAUUUAGUGGGCCAGCAUCCUCCAGCAGUGAAUGCCUUUCCAGCUGAGACAGAUCAUUUGUCGUGCUACCAGUCGGAUCAGCCCGAGAAUCCCAAAGUCUUGAGAGUUGCCAUUAUCGGAGCUCCGAAUGCUGGGAAAUCAACCCUCUCAAAUCAGCUCUUGGGCCGGAAGGUCUUGCCAGUGUCGAAGAAGGUACACACAACGAGGUGUAGCGCCCAGGCUGUCAUCACAAAGGAUAACACCCAGCUGGUUCUCUUAGAUACUCCCGGACUCAUCACUUUGGCCAAAGCCAAAAGGCACAACUUGGAAAAGUCUCUCGUCCAGGACCCUUGGAGGAGCAUGAAGAGUGCAGACUUAGUGGUGGUGCUCGUGGAUGUGUCAGAUCACUACACCCGGAACCAGCUCCAUCCCCAGGUGCACAAGUGCCUCUCCACAUUCUCACAGGUUCCCAGCAUCCUCGUCUUGAACAAGGUGGAUUUGCUGAAGAAGAAACAUCUUCUUUUGGACCUGGUAACGGAACUCACUGAGGGAGUUGUCAAUGGGAAGAAGCUUAACGUCACAUCUCAGUCAAAGGUGUCUUCCGCUACCCCCACCAGUAGCCUCUCUCAUGAGAGCACCCAGGAUUCUGUGACUUCUGAGGUUACAACUGCAAAGUCUGGAGACCUAGUGGAACUGAGUAGCCCACAGGCAGACUCUGAUUCACAUGCCAGAUCCAACAGCAGCAUGGAAGAUGUGGGACCUGCAAGAGAGAGCACGGGGAAGCAAAGGAAGAUAUCCAAGAAAGGCUGGCCCCACUUUCAGGACAUCUUCAUGCUGGCUGCCAUUAACAGAGAGGAGGUGGAAACACUGAAGAGCUACCUCCUGAUGCAAGCCAAGCCAGGCCCCUGGAAGUUUCACAGUGAGGUCCUGACCAACCAGUCUCCUCAGGAGAUCUGUGAUAACAUCAUCCGAGAGAAGCUCCUUGAGUAUUUGCCUGAGGAAGUGCCCUACACAGUGAACCAGCAGACAGAGAUUUGGGAGGAGGGACCCAGCGGGGAGCUGAUCAUCAUGCAGAAUUUAGUGGUCCAGAAGGGGACGCAUUUGAAGAUGUUGAUUGGCCACCACGGCCAGCUAGUCAGUAGAAUUGCCGAGGAGGCCGGUCGUGACCUGAUGAAUGCUUUCCUGUGCGAUGUCCACCUGAAGCUCCGCGUUAAAUUGAAGAAAUGAGUCGGCCUUUGGGUGCCCCUGCAGGAGUCGGACGUGCAGAGCGGGCCGCUGCCAGCCUCAAUUCUCCACCCCCUGGAGGAUGGCCUCUUCAUGCCAGAAGCAGAUGUGAAGGAACCCUAGUGCUGCAAGUUUCUCUGGGUUGCUUCUUUGUUCCAUCGACAAUUGCAGCAGAUGCAGGGCAUCUGGUCUUCCCUCCCUCGUUUUGAUGUGGAGAGGGCCUCUCGGGCUACUGCUAGGUGCAAAAUCACAGUGGUCCUCCAAAGGACAGUGCAGUUUUAAAGAGGAGGGGAAAGUGAUGUGCAUUAUCGUGCAUCCCCUUUAGGUCUGCCUCUAACAUCGUAGGACUGUGGCUGGUGGAGUGAGCCCGCUGCAUUCUCCUGGUUUGGACAGUGCAGCCUUGAUGGACAAGCAGGUUCUCCUCUAUGAAAGGGAGGGUUAUGGUUCUGCUGUUCCCUGCUUGCCUCAUUCCUUAUUCCGAAUAUGCCCUGAAAUGCCUCCGCUCUACAGCUUCUGCCGUGCAGAGCAGUCUACAAAGGAGCACUGGCCCCUGUUUUCCUUGCAGACGUGCCUCAUUUGCCUUUUCUCUAAUGCAACAAACAGAAUCCAUUCUCAGUAUGCUUUUUCUAAAGGGAGGUGGGAGCCAACAGGCUUCCACCAGAGCAUACAAGCGCACACCUCCUUAUCUGACACCGGGACAGUAUUUUUAUGCCCUUGAAAAGGAAGGUAAUGCCUGAGGGAAUCACCGUCUUGAGAGCCGUCUGAAAGUGCUCGACUGGCCUGUUCCCAUCAGGCGGAAGUAUCCUCAUCCCCCUGUGGCUUUUGUGUUCUGGUCUGGUCACAGAAUUGAGGCUACCAUCCAGGCAGUCCCUUCCCGGCCUCUUCCUCUGUCAGCUGGAUCUUGCUACCAUGUUCUGUCUCGAUCUCUUCAUGCCUGCCUCUCCGGUUUUAUGGGCGGCUGAGUUCCUAUCAGUUUGUUCCUUACUUACUUCAUUUGCACUCUGCCUUUUCUCCCAAGGGGACCCUAAGCAUCAUUCUCCUCUCCUCCAUUUAAUCCUCACAACAGCCCUGUGAGGUAGGUUA